CUGGUUUCUGUAAUUUGCAUGGUAAGAACUAUGCUCUUGCUCUCACUGUGGUUUUAGAGAUUAAAAGGUAAAUCAAAAUUAAUCUUCUGCUUAGGUCAAAAGCACCAAACCUGAUGCAUUUCUUGAGUACAAACCUUAUCAUGAAAAGAAAAUAACGGGUAUUUCUUCCCUGAUGUUUGUGAUGAAAUAUGCCUCCGUCAACCAGUAUGUUUCUUGUCCAUCCUACGUUACCAUUUAGAAAAUGUUGCAGUUUCCAAGGACCCCUGUCCAACUUAGGUAUCUCCUCUCAAUAUUAGGAACUAUGCUGACAUUGUUGUCUGUGACAUUAGAGAUUAGUGGUCUGAGGCCAAAGUGUAAAAAAGGGUUCCUGCAAUAAGGAUGUAGAUUUUGAGAAAUAUCUUAUUUUAUUAGCCAAUUAGCAGAAAAGUUUUUUACACAAAGGGAUUUAUUUUCUGUUACAUAUGAAACUAAUAUUCUAGGAUGGAGAUUUUAACAUGAUAAUUCUCUGUGAAGAACUUCAGGAUUCAAGAUGCAACCAGUAAGGGUGAAUUUAGAACCAUUCUACAAGCAAUUUGUUUUCAGUUGUGUUUCUACUAACUUAAGAAGUGUUAAGUUUCUCAACCUAAAGGCUAUUCUCCUUGGUAGCUAUCACAUCGCAGGUACUAAGGGUGUAUUUUAUGCUCGUGAACCUUACUCUAACAUUGAUGCUGUACAUGUGACUCGGUUUUUGGGUCUUGCUCCUGUUGGAAAUAAAGACAAACAGAAAUUUCUUCAUGCACUUUCUCCUACUCCAUCUUCUGUGAUGUCAACUGCUGAGAUCAGCAUGAAGCCACCAAACACCACCUUAUCACCCUACACACUAUCUGAGCAAACAGAUCAUCCUAAAGAUGCCAUGAAGAGGACUAUUGAUGCUGUUUCUGAUUCACAAUAUUGGAGAUAUGAUGUCUCCCAAAAACGGAAAAGGCAUGCUGAUGAAGAUAGUGAUAGAAUGUGUUUCAAGUUUGUAUAUUCGGGGUCCUGUUCCCAUGGAGAAAAAUGCCACUUCCGCCAUGACUCAGAUGCAAGGGAACAGUUUUUGAGAGGUGUUUGUAUUGAUUUUAUCAUCAAAGGGAAAUGUGAAAGGGGUCCAGAUUGCAACUUCAAGCACAAUUUACUGGAUGAAGGUGAGAGCCAUUCUCAUAGGAGACCUGGAUCUGGCAGUGGUCACACUAGCAGGUCAAAAGAGUGCUGGUUUUGUUUGUCGAGCCCAAGUGUGGAGUCACAUCUAGUAACUAGCAUAGGAGAGAGUUGCUACUGUGCAGUGGCCAAAGGUCCACUUGUCCAAGAUCAUUUGCUUAUAAUCCCUAUUGAGCAUUUGCCAAAUACACUCUCUGUACCGCCACAAUUUGAAACUGAACUUGUUAAAUUCCAGGAUUGUCUAAAGAUGUACUAUAAGAACCAAAAAAAGGAAGCAGUGUUCUUUGAGUGGGUAUCAAAACGAGGUACUCAUGCCAACCUUCAGGCAAUUCCUGUUCCAUCAUCCAAAGUAGCUGCUCUUAAAGAUAUAUUUAGUUUGGCAGCUGAAAAGUUGGGUUUCACAUUUAUGAUCAAUAAAUUCAAUAACAACCUUGAGGGUAGGAAGUGGUUGAGGAGACAGUUUGGUGAUAAUUUUAGCUGCUUUUAUGUGGAACUCCCCGAAGGUACAAUACUAUUACAUUUGGUUGGCGAGAAUGAAAAGUUCCCAAUCCAAUUUGGACGUGAGGUUCUGGCUGGCUUGCUGAACAUGGCUGAGAGGGCUGAUUGGAAAAACUGUAUACUUGGCAAAGAAGAGGAAAUAAAAAUGGCAGAGAAUUUCAAGAAAAAGUUUGAAGUUUUCGAUCCAAGUCAAUAAUUUCUGCGAACAAGGGCAAAGUCAUCAGUCAAAGCAGGCAAUGUAUAUUAACAGGAGCUCCAAUCAACUGCCUUGUGUUUUGUGACCAAGUAUGCGACAUGAUAUUCAUAAUCAUUUGCAGAAGCAUGUUUACCAAUUGCCAAUUGUUUCUCCUUUACUCAUCCAGAAAUAUAUGUGGGUGUGGCCAUGAAGUAUGGAUUAAGUGGAACAGAAUUGACUGGGUGGUAGAGUCAUGGAAACAGUGGUAUUGGUUAACUAAAUUCGGAUGUACUUCAUUGCUGGAAUUGCUUGGUACAAAUGAUGAUGCUGAUUUACCAUUGAACCGGUUCUCUUAGUACUUAAUGGUCCUAAUGACUUCUCAGUCAACUACCCCACAGACAUUGCCUUUCCCAAAUGCUCUCUCUCAAACCUGGUAAAAUUAAGGGAUCACUGUGCUCACAGUCUGGAUAAAAGGUCCACCUUCAUUGCAACCAGUUGGUCCACCCUAACUGUUAGUUCCUUUCUACUUUAAUUUGUCUUUCUGCUUUCAUAUUUGGAAUAAAAUUUAUGUCUCUAGUUACUAAAAUUCUUUUCCAUGAAAUUUUAUUUUAUGCCCAUCUGGAAGUGGCCUGGAACUGCUCUAGUUUUCAACCGAGGUUCUGUUUUAUUGAUGCUUGCGUGUAGGAGUAGUACCAUGUAGUAUGUACCGAAAAAGACUGCUGGUUGAAGAAAAUCAUUGCUUUAGG